CCCUAUAUAACUCUCCCUUCCCUUUCUGCUUUCUGUUACGAUUUCAUUACUAUCAUUAAAGCUUACGCUUUCGCUUCUUCUCCUCUCUUUUCUCUCAUCUCGCCAUAAUGGCCGCCAAAACCAUCCUCGUCACCGGUGGGGCUGGCUACAUCGGCAGCCACACCGUUCUCCAGCUCCUCAAUGGCGGUUUCAAGGCCGUCAUCGUCGACAACUACGACAAUUCUUCCGAAAUCGCCGUCGAGAGGGUCAAGGGACUAGCUGGACAAUUCGCCUCCAACCUCUCAUGCCAUAAGUUAGACCUCCGGGACAGAGAAGGACUUGAGAAAAUUUUUGCUUCCACAAAGUUUGAUGCUGUGAUACAUUUUGCUGGACUGAAAGCAGUAGGUGAAAGUGUGGAGAAACCACUGUACUACUUUAAUAACAACUUGAUUGGGACAAUUGUGCUACUUGAAGUCAUGGCUGCCCAUGGAUGCAAGAAGCUCGUGUUCUCAUCUUCAGCCACUGUAUAUGGUUGGCCAAAGCAGGUCCCAUGUACAGAAGAGUUCCCUUUGUCAGCAGCGAAUCCAUAUGGACGAACCAAGCUUAUGAUCGAAGAAAUUUGCCGUGAUCUCUAUCAAUCAGAUCAUGGAUGGAAAAUAAUAUUGUUGAGAUACUUCAACCCAGUGGGUGCACAUCCUAGUGGAAAUAUUGGUGAGGAUCCUCGUGGAAUUCCAAACAAUCUCAUGCCAUUUGUUCAGCAAGUAGCUGUCGGCAGACGCCCUGCACUGACAAUUUUUGGAACUGACUAUAAAACAAGCGAUGGCACUGGAGUUCGCGAUUACAUUCAUGUUGUUGAUUUAGCAGAUGGCCACAUAGCUGCAUUGAAUAAACUAGAGGAUCCUAAAAUAGGUUGUGAAGUUUAUAACUUGGGAACUGGAAAGGGGACGUCGGUUUUGGAGAUGGUCAAAGCUUUUGAAAAUGCCUCUGGAAAGAAAAUUCCACUUAAAAUGGCUGAUCGGAGACCUGGUGAUGCUGAAAUCGUUUAUGCAUCAACAGAUAAAGCAUCAAAAGAACUCAAUUGGAAGGCAAAAUAUGGCAUUGACGAGAUGUGCCGUGAUCAAUGGAAUUGGGCUAGCAAAAAUCCUUAUGGAUACGGAUCUGCAGACUCUAAGAAUUGAUCCUAUUGCGAACCCUGUGACACCAUAGGACCCUGCCUAAUUCAGCUUUUUUUUUCAUAAUAAUUUUUUUUCCUUUUCCCAUAGCCAUUAUAAAGGUGGAAAGUACAUUCAUAAAUAUAAUUUCUAGUUGCGUAGUAAAUAAGUAGUGGUUUAUUUCACAAUAAUUUAAAGUUUCUAUAGGUUCCGGCUUACAGGCAUUUAUUGAUUGAGGAUUCUCUCAUGUCCUUCAGCGUGAUUGCAUCCUUUUUUUUUAAUCUUUUUGUAAAUCUAAACCACACAUUUUAAAGUGUGACUAACAAGCUAUAAUUUAAUCUUACCUCAUUAUUUCA